CAGAGAGGGAUAGCCAGUCGAUGGAUUGUCUAUGCUGAAUGACUGUAGAGCUAUGAUUUUAAUUUUUCGGGCACAGUGGAGCAUAAACAUUGGAAACGAACGCAGCAUAGACCAGUGCGGAAAAACGUGGAAACGAGAAAACGGUGCGCGCGCGUUCGACCCUUUGAUUUACGCAGAUCUUCGCAAGUGGUAUUGUUUCUCGGAAGUUUAUCGCCGCAUUUCGCGAAAUAGUUGGAGCACCGGGCUUCGUAGAUUCGAGCUAAAGUGCGAUGAAUUUUCUAUGGCUGCUGAUAAAUUGCGUUGUGGUGUUUUGAUGUUCUGGUGUGACAAAUUGCAUUAGCGAAAUUCAUUCCACAUCGAUUAGACCGAGAAAAUCAAUAACCAGAUGGAUACGGAUACCACGGAAGAAAUCGUCGAACAACUGCCGCAAAGCAGUGGUGGCACUGUGCCAUCUGAAGACGUGCGAACGCAAACUAGACUAGGUCACUGUAAGUGGUUCAACGUGGUCAAAGGAUGGGGAUUCAUCACACCGGACGACGGUGGACAGGACGUGUUCGUCCAUCAGAGUGUUCUUCAAAUGGAGGGUUUCCGAUCGCUGGGGCAAAACGAACCGGUGGAGUUUGACUCCAAACUGACGGAUAAGGGUUACGAAGCGACCAAAGUGUACGGACCUUCUCAGUCGCAAUGCAAGGGCAGUGAGUUUCGACCGAGAGCCAAACGGAAGUUUCGAAAAAUGAGAUGUUACAACUGUGGCGAAUUUGCAAAUCACAUUGCCCAGACUUGCUCGCAAGGUCCACUUCCGAAACGAUGCCACCACUGCAAGCGUGAGGAUCACCUGGUCGCUGACUGUCCCAGCAAAGAACCGAAAACGUAACAGUGGAAGAGGAGACGUCGGCUGAAUUUUGAACACCAACUACCAGAGGCGCCACCAGUACUGCCAAAAGACAUUCUCAGGAUAACUGCCGCAGCAAGGUUGAAGCCUGCGUUAGCGUUCGUCGGGUUUUGUCCUUGCUAGAAACCAUCUACCACUGCGCUUUUACCGUAGUACAAACGCAAACCAACGAUUCCUAAGCAAAGCAAAACAAAAAAAAACACUAAAUACCUCACCGAAAAGGACUGCCGAAAACAGAGUUCCAUAGACAAGUAAUCGAAACAAGGAUAAAAAAGUAUGAAUGAUAAUUUAAUAUACGUUACCGAUUAAGUUCCACCAAACAGACGGACGGCCUAUUGCCAAUUCCGGCUGGUAUUCUCAUCACCAAAUGACCUUUUUAUAAGCAUAAUAUUCUAGAUUUAGUUCACGAACACGGAGCACGGCUAGAUUUCAUACGAAAUAAAAAAAAAGAAUAUAUAUAAUUCAAAACUAUAUCCAGUAUCAGAGACGUUAAACGAAUUAACUAGGGAUGUGAACGAGUCAAUUGAGUGUGAGUGCCUGUGUGUGGUUCUAACAUAGUUUGUGCAAUUUCUAAAAUGCAUUUUGAGUGCGAAUGUCGUUCACAAGCAACAGCAGAAAUAGAAGCAUCGUUCAUAUCAACAAGAACAAAAAAAACGUAUAGGAAUUACCUUG